ACUCAGAUGAGGAGGCUGACAGUGCGGGUGAGGGUGAGGAUGAAGAUGAGGAUGACGAAUUCACCAAAGGCCUGCUCAACGAGGAGGAAGCCAAAAGCUCCGUGUUUGCAACUGCGCCUGCAAGUGGAAAAAUGGCCGUGGAUGGCGACAGUUCCGAGUUGCCAUUCACAUUCCCAUGUCCCCAAAAUUACGAGGAACUGCAAGCGCUGGUGCAGAAAUACCCCAGCGAUAAGCUGCCUACAAUUGUUCAACGUAUUCGAGCUCUAUACCACCCUAAGCUGGAUAGCAGACAUAAGGAGAAGCUUGGAAACUUCGCGAAAGCGCUGGUGGACUUGGUCGGCAGCAGCCGCAGCAAAGCCAGCCCCUCGUUCCAGGCAUUGGAGAGCGUCAUUCGUCACAUCCACUCACUUGCCAAAAUGUUUCCAGUCGAAAUCGCCGUCCAGUAUCGUUCUCAUCUGGAGGAGAUUAGCCAGGAGCGGCCUCUUGCUCUGCAUGUGGGAGACCUGACACUGCUGACCGCGAUCGGGUCAACCUUCCCGACGUCGGACCAUUUCCACCAGGUCGCAACUCCUGCAAUGCUCACCAUUGGGCGUUAUCUCGGUGGCAAGAUUCCCCAGACACUCGGCGACUACGCAGUAGGCAUUUACCUGUCGACGUUGGCGUUACAGUACCAGCAAUUUUCAAAGCGUUACGUCCCAGAGGUAAUGAGUUUCUGCCUCAACACCCUUUGUGCUCUUGCUCCCUCGGCUGUGCCGGCGUCGGGAAGCUUCCCCAUACAUGAACCUGCAGAUGGGGUGCGGUUGACGAGCGCGCGAAAGUCGGAUCUUCGCCGUCUUUCUCCUAAUGAUUGCUCUGCCACAGCUGUAACGGGCAAGGAGGCCGAAUCCACAAAGGCGGCUCUGUUGAGCACAACCGUGCAAGUCAUCGGUGCUGCUGCCGACACUUGGACUGGAAAGUCCUCGUUCUACGAAACCUUCCAGCCCGCCCUUGAUGUAGUUGCGCACUUGAACAGCAAGUCGUGCCGCGCCAAGUUCCCUGAGGCUUUGGGCGAGCAAAUUGAGAAGUCCAAGUCCAAGCUUGAGCGUAUGCUUAAGAUUGCUCAGCUUUCGCGACGGCCACUAGAGCUGCAACACCACCGCCCACUUGCAAUCAAGACAUACAUUCCCAAGUUCGAGGACUCCUUCGACCCCAACAAGCAUUACGAUCCCGAUCGCGAGCGUGCGGAGAUGGCCAAGCUCAAGGCAGAGCACAAGAAGGAGCGCAAGGGUGCCAUGCGCGAGCUGCGGAAGGACGCUCAGUUCAUGGCUCGCGAGAACCUUCGCAUCAAGAAGGUCAAGGACGAGGCAUACGAGAAGAAGUACAAGCGCCUCGUGGCAGAGAUUCAGAACGAGGAGGGCAGAGAAGCCAACGCGUACGAAAGGGAGAAAGAGGGCAGGAAGAGAGCGAGACACAGGUAG